UGGAAAUCCUCCGCCUGGCGCCGCCACAUGUUCACACAGUAACACCACGCAGUGGCAACAAACGCCGCCAAACGCAGUUAAAUUAUAAGAUUGCGGAUUUUUAGGAUAUUGCGAGUUUUCUAAACGCAGACAGUUAUUUGUAUGUGAUUUUUGUGAGACGAGGAUUAAAUUGGAUUGACAAGAUGGAGGGGGCCAAUCCCCAGGAGGUCGAUAAAUUGGAUAUUAAUGAUCCUAACUUGGAGAACAUGUUGGUAAAUGAGCUCAAAGCUCAAGGAAUUUUUGAUCAAUUUCGAAAGGAUUGCUUGGCUGAUGUUGACACCAAGCCGGCGUACCAGAAUCUGAAAUCCCGAGUUGAAGGGACCUUGAAGUCCUUCAUUGGGAAGAACAAGUGGUCCCCGGGGUUGAACAAGAACCAACUUAGGAACCAGCUCAGGAAGGAUAUACAGGACGUAACCGGAAAAGGAGUUCUUAUCGAGCGUAUUGUCGACCAGAUAGUUGAUCCUAAACUUAAACAAACGUUUGGACACGAGAUUGAGAGUAUGAUAGAGAAAUAUUGUGGUUCUUCUUUAGAAGAAGAAGAAGAAGAGGUGGUGGAGACAGAGGAUGUGGAUAUGGCUGAUGUGAAGGAGAACGGCCACCAUCAAGGGAACGGAGAUAAUAAUAGUGUUGCUGGAGAGGCUGAAGGGGAGGAUUCUAAUGACUCUGGUCCCGGACUGGCAGGUCAAAUAUCCCCGAUAACCCCUGGGAGAGAAGAAUCUCAUUCUGGCUCUGGAACUAUAUCCCCACUGACCCCCACCACUACUCCACCCUUACCUCAGCAUAGUUCACAGCCUCUGCCCCCUGGGGAGGAGAUGGAGGUUGAGCUGCAGGUAGAACUACCUGCCGGAGGCCCGCCAUCCCCUCAUACUCCGCCACCUUUAGAGAGCUACACUCCGCCACCCAGGAAAUCAACUGUUGUGGAUCAUUUCACACCCCCGCUCCCAGAGACAAAUCUCAUUGUUACUCCGCCACCACCAGGGACUGGAUUGAGGGCUGCAGCCCCUUUCCCCCCUCCGCCCGGCGAGUCGGAGAGUGGAGGAGACGCCAGUAUGUCUUCCAUAUCAGAUACAGAAAUAACAGACGUUUCCCCUCCUCACAGAUACCCGUCCAGUCCUCCAGAAAAUAUACCACUACCCGACGUUUCUGCCUCUCCUAAUACCUCUCCGCCGCCUGGAACUACUCCGCCAGGGACUUCAGCAGAACAUGAGGCAGGAGCUAGACCCGUCUCCUCUCAAGCAGGUACUGGAAGUGACUCAGAUCUAGAUCAGCUUGAAAGAUUAAAGGCCGAGUUAAUGGCUAAACUAGAGGGAGACUUCAAACUAUCUCCAGAAGAAGAUUCAGAUUCUGAAGGAGAAAUAGAGAGUGAAGAUGAGAUUCCAACCGCGGAUUCCCCAACCUCACCAGAGCAAGAGAAAUCCCCAAAACCGGAUAAUUCCCCUAGUCAAGGAGAAGAAUCCCCCGGUCAAGGGGAUCAAUCACCUGGGCAGGGAGAUGGAUCCCCUGAACAAGGAGAAAGAUCUCCCGAUCAAGAAGCAAAAUCUCCCGAUCAAGACGCAAAAUCUCCUGGUCAAGAAAUGAAAUCUCCAAACCCACCUUCUCCGAAGGAUGAAUCUGAACUAAUGAAAUCCACUGAGGAUUCUUCACCUCCCCUUCCACCUGCAGAUUCUACUAGUACUAUCCAGGAGCCCCAUGCACAAAAUCUAUCCUCUGUAAACCAACUCCAGACACUCAAAUCCCUUCCUCUUCCAUCAACCAACAUCUCAGAGUCUGCCGAACCUUCAUUUAACACAUCAGAGCAAAUGAAAACCUUAUUUAACGCACCAACUCCCUCUGGUCCUCAGAAGGGACCCAGAACUCCUGAGCCAGCAUUUUCUCCUAAUCCUGAAGAACCUGAGAGCCGUACUCCUAGUCCUGACAGAAGUAGGAAGGGUCCAACAACUCCACCUGAACCUUACUCCUCCUCCCCACCCAGUCCUCCAUCUGCCUUCUCCGCUGCUCGCUCCGAGUACUGGAAACCUCCCUCUCCUAAGGAAGUGUCAACUCCAGAUAGAUCCAACCUCUCUACUCCUGUAAACCUGGGGAAAGUGAUCUCCAAGGAGAAGAAGGAUAAGCUGGAAAAGAAGAGUGAUAAAAUUAAAGAGCAGCAGCAGGCUAAACUAGCCAAGGUUGAGCAGAAGGUGAAGAGUAAGGAUAAACUCAAGUCGGAUAAAUAUCAGGAUCUUGAUAUAUUCAGUACCACUAAGAAACCUGCCACUCCCCACCUUCCCUAUCGACCUCCAAUGAUGAGCGGUUCAACCCCUGGGUCCGGAACCAACUCUCCUCUUCUAAACGGAUCCAAGGCAAGAUCUAAACCUAAUGAUUACGCUAAAAAGCUUCACAACUCCAUAAAGGAAGCUGCAAUGAGACAGGACCCGGAGCGUUCUAAAUCUAAGAAUGAGUUUGUUAAACCCGGAAAAGUUCAAGAUAGGCGGGGAAGCUCCGACUCGAGGGAUACUAGAGAUGACAGAAAAAGUCGGGAUUCGUCGAAGCAUGAUUCGAAAUCUCGAAAGUCCUCAACUGAAAAAAGAGAGAAAGAUCGAAGCCGAGAUAAAAGCAAAGAUUAUAACAAGGACAGAUCCAAAGAUAAAGAGCGCGAGAAAGAGAGAAAUAAAGAGAAGGAGAGGCUGAAAGAAAGGGAGAAGAGUAAGAGUAGACGAGAGUCAGAAGAAGAUAAAAAAUCAGAGAUUAACAAACAGAAAGAACGAGACAGUUAUUACGAAGAAUCCCGAAAGAGAUUAGCGGAGAUGAGACAACGAGAAGAGAAAGAAAAGAAGAAACAAAAGGAAGUCAAGAAAGAAGAAAAAGAUUUGAAGAAGGAGAAGAGAAAAGAUGAUUUAAGCAAGGUCAAGGAUCAACUAAGCUGUCUCGGGGUUGACGAAAUCCGCAAUCUUCUUCUUAAAACCAUGGAAGAGAAAGCUGGUGGAAAGAAGAUUAUCAGUGAAUUGGACGAACUAAUGAACAAGAAAAAGAACAAGAAGAGGAAGGAGAUUGUUCUCAGCGAUAGCGAGGAGGAGGAGGAGGAGAGGGUCAAGCCAGAGAAGAGGAAGAAGGUUGAAAAACUAGAAAGUUCAGACGAUGAUGAAGUUAUGAUUGUUUCUCCGCCAAAGGAAACUUUAAACAAGGCCAAGGAAGCAAGAAAGGAAUCUAACUCUACUUCUACUCAUAAAACGCCAGCAAGAAAAGUUUCCAAAGAUUUAAAAACGGACAAGUCCGGUGAUAGCAAACUUGUCAAGAAAGAGUUAAGAAAAGAAGAAAAGUCAGAACCCACUCCGGUUGCUAAAUCGGCUCCUAAGAUUCAGUCAGAUUCAGAUUCAGUUUUCAACGAUAUCCCUGAAGACGAGCAGAAAUCCGCUAAGGAAAACAAAACGACUGAAUCCGCCAGCAAAAAGUCUGGAAUGAAAACUCGCGGCGUAAAGGUUAACAUCAAUCGUCUCACUAACUCUGAAUUUAACAAGUACAAGGAUACCUCCUCCGACUCAGAUUCAGAUUUUGAGGUUAAUGUUGAUCAUGUUGAAACUCUGUCUCCAGAUAUUCCUACAACUAGUCCUCUACCUUCUAGUCCUAAACCUAGAGCUGAUGCUAAACCUCUCUCUCCCAAAGUAUCUAGUUCUCCAAUCGCCAACUCUCCUAAAAGCUCAUCAGCAGUCGGAUCCAAACCUGUCAAGUCUAAAAGUACAACUCCCAAGUCUCCUGCUCCUGUCUCCGGUGUAUCUGCUGAGCCUGAGCUUAGCAGACCAAUAUCUCCUGUUGUCAAGGAUGAAAUGUGCUCCGAGGAGAGUACAGAGGAACGGACCCCCCGUCGUGUUGCUAGGGUUCAACCUUUACAGAAAGUAUCAACACCUGAACCUAAACCUCGCUCUACUCCAGCAAGUAAAACUACACCCUCAGCUAAAGCUGCACCCUUGGCUAAACCUAAAACCGCGCAAAUGUCCGCAGUAUCGCCGUUUGCGGAGAAUCGCAUACCGACAGCGGAUCAAUUUUUCGGAUUUGAGGAAGAUGAUGUUCAGACCAUUCAAAGGAUGAAGGAUAGUCUCGACCUGGUUCUUGAAGACGAGGAGAAUCUGCCAGUCAGUUCUGUAUCUGAGGAAGAGAUAAACAAACACAUCCCAUCUUCACGUACAGUUGAGGUUGACCUACCUGCAACCUGUGAUACUGCUGGACUCCUGGAUAAGCUGGAGCAGCUUGGAGGCGGGGCUAGGAUACUCCACCCUAUACCAGCCUGGUUACAUCCUUAUAUUGUCGGAGCUAAAUUAAAACCCGAUGAGCUUGAACUACCCUCUACUCAGGAACUUGAGGAAUAUCUUACAAAGAAUCAGAAGAAAGCCAAGAAACGUGGUGGAAACUAUGAUAUUGUGGUUGAAUGGGUUCCCCUACCUGUAUCAGACAAGAAGACGAAGGCAGAAAGAGAAUUAAAGAACGAUCCAUUUUCAACCUUUUUCUCAGGGUUAGGGGACUCAGGAGGGAAGCGAGCUAGACGAGCAAAUAAUCGAUACUCAAGUGCAGAGUACUCAGUCACAGGGGAACUAGAUGUGUCAGCCUCCAAGGUUGACCUCAUGACCUCGAAGGACGACAUUGGGAGCUCGAAGGAUGACCUCAACAGCUCCGUGGCCUCUCAAGAGUUGGGAAAGGAUGAGGGUAGGGUGAAGAGUAGCAAGGAGAGAAUAAAGGCUUAUCUGAAGAGCGCUGGUGUAGAACGAUCAGAGAUCACCUCCGAUUCACAACCUCCGACAGCAUUAACAGUCGAGGAGGCAAAAUCCAUACCGGAGGCCAUUAAACCCGAGAGUGAAGUUAGUGAACCUACCGAGGCUGUUAAACCUGUGAAAGAGAACACUAAACCAUUAAUUGCUCGUGUUAAACCUUUAGUAAACAUAACCUCUACGCCGAGUGAACCUCGUUCCGACGAUAAACCAAUCCCCGCCGUUAAUUCGGCGGUUAAUCCUACAAAAUCUAAACCCACACGGCCUUCUCGCCGAUCCAAAAUGAACGGUGAUUCGUCCAUGAUAGACGAACCGUCUAAGGACUUGAUAAAGGAUAAUCUUGACGCGGAGCUGGAGGCUACCGAGGCUGAGAUGAAGGCUGUCCUCCAAACUAUGAUGAACACAAAGAGAACCUUUGCUUCAGAACAGGGAGAGUUCUACGGAUGGAGUUCCGACGAGGUUCACACACCCCAGAUCACGUCGCUGGUUGAGGGUGGGGCAGUGUCCGCCCUGGCAGAAGGCGGAGCCAAGUUUGGUCUCAAGGAGCUUGAUAUUCUCGGGCACAAACUCUUUCCUGUCUCCAGUGCAGAAGAUUCUGAUUUAGAGGUUAUUAUGUCUCCAGCUAUACAGCGUGAUAUAAAGAAAGCUGAGAUGACGAAAUCUGAUUGUCGAUUUGACCUCCGGCCUGACCUCUUGAGGUCGGUCAAGGAUGAUAUUGACCUCAGGAAUGGGUCUGACGGCAGUGAUUCAGAUGACAAAGGUUCCAGCAGUCCAUCCAGCUCUGGGUCUAGUAAGGAGAACAAGGAAAUAAUCUCCAAUCCUAGAACCAGGAGAUCAGAACCAUUUAACAUAAAUAAAGACUCCGCCACAGUUCUUAGGCGUGGGCGGAAGCGUAGUGUCGGUGGUGAAGAACUAAAGGGUGCUGCCCCGGAGCGGAAGAAGAUGAAACUAUAAAUAUUGCGCCAAAAUUGACAGAAUUUGGAGCCAUUUGAAAAUUUUUAGUUAAACUGUAUUCGGACAUUUUCUUUUUCUGUCCUUAAUAGGGUGGCCUCAGGUUAGAGACAAAACAGAAACAGGGUGUCAGGAAAAAGGCUUUUAUUAAAAAAAAUAUUGUUAUUUCAUUUUUACCGGAAAAAUAUUUUACGUAUAAUGAAACGCCCUGUAAUUCCGUACGAAAAUCAGUUGUUUGUAGAGAUGAAACGUAUAUAUCCUACUUUUUGAAUAAAUCUGUAUAUUUUCAAUGAAA